AUGUAUAGCAGACUUGGUUUUGAAGUCCCCGGCCCUUCCUUCGACAUUACUCUAUCAAAGAUUAUCAUAUUAGGGCUCCUUUUUGUACUAGGUGUUAUAGUAUGUCAAUUGAUCUAUAAUGGCUUAUUCCAUCCUCUUUCUUCGUUUCCGGGCCCGUUUCUUUAUGGGACAUCCGAAUUGCCUCUGCGUUGGCACCAGUUAAAAGGGCAAGAGCCUUAUAUACUCGCGAAACUCCACCAUAAAUACGGACCAGUCGUUAGAAUCGCGCCAAACGAUACAUCUUACACCAAUUUAGAAUCAUGGAAUGCUAUAUACGGAUAUCGCGCUGCACCAGGGGGGACCCACUUAGAGCGUAACCUCCCUAAAGAACCGGAUCUCGAUUUUUACGGUGCGCUCGGUUUAUUCAGCGCAGACGGGGAGGGCCACGCCCGUCAACGACGGCAACUCGCGCCAGCAUUUUCCGACAGGGCGCUGCGCGAACAAGAGCCCCUAAUAACAAGCUACAUUGACCGUGCUAUCUCGCGUUUUGGCGAGAGCGCAGAAGCUAGGAGACCGAUUGACAUAUCUGCUUGGUUUAAUUACAUCACUUUCGACAUAAUCGGCGACCUAAUGUUCGGACACGACGUAUUUGAAUGCGUCGAGAAGUCGCGCUAUCAUCCCCUGGUAUCUGAACUCCUCACCCGUUUCGAGAUCCUGACGUACGCCAUAGCCAUCCAAAGCCUGGCGCCCUGGCUCUUCUCCGUGCUUAAAUUCCUAACACCAAGACGUGUGACAGAAAGACAGCGGGCCCAGGCGAACUCCAUCAAGGACAUGGUGGAUAGGAGACUUCAAACGAUGACUAGUCGGCCCGACUUCAUGACUCUCAUUCUUCGCGAGGGCAAGAAGGGCGAUUCUUCCCUGCUCAGGAACGGCGAAAUAUACCCCACGGCCGCACAAAUCCUACUCGCCGGAAGCGAGACCGUGGCCACGGCAUUAUCAGGAUGUGUUUUUCUCCUACUCCGACAUCCCGACGUCAUGGCCAAGCUGAAGCAAGAGAUCCGUACCGGGUUUAGAUCUGCAGGGGAAAUCAAUUCCUCCACGUUACCUAGUAAGAAGUAUCUCCUUGCUGUUAUCAACGAGGCGAUGCGGAUCUACCCACCAAACCCAAAUUUCCUUCGGCGCUGCGCGCCGCCCGGAGGGUGCGCGAUCCUCGGCCGCUUCAUCCCCAGCGGGACUGCUGUUGGUUUCACGGCGUUCUCUGCGUAUCGCGAUGAGUCGCAUUUCAAGGACGCGACCGAGUUCGCCCCAGAGCGAUGGUUAGGGACGGAUCCUCGAUACGCAAAUGAUAACCUAGGCGUUGUACAGCAUUUCGGUGUCGGACCCAUGAAUUGCAUUGGGAUCAAUCUGGCGAACUUGGAGCUACGUAUGAUUCUAGCCCAACUUUUGUGGAAGUUCGAUAUUGAGCUGAUGCCCGGGAGUGAUAAUUGGUUCGACCAGAAGGCAUUCGUGAUUUGGUUUCGACGACCGUUACCUGUUAGGCUGGUGACGAGAGAUACUUCAGAAUAA